GCGCAGUAAAACUCGCGCUUCUCCGGAAACCUCUAUUCUUUGCCUAUAAACUGUCGGCGAACUGCGCCGGGCGAAGCGGAGCCUCUCUCAGGCUAUAUAUACCAGAAAAAAGCGUCUAUGACCGGGAUAAGGAUAUUCAUGGAUGAAUUUUACCACACAAAAACAGGGAACAAAUCAACUGAUUUGUCCAUGUUGGGUAAAUGCCAGCUGAUCACUACAAAUUUUAAAACCCCAAUGAAGACUGAAAAGCAGACUCCACCAGACGUCAUCCCGUUAAAUGUGGGAGGUUACUAUUUCGUAACGAGGCGGUCCACUCUCAUGAAGGACAGCGAUUCCAUGCUGGCGGUUAUGUUCAGCGGUCGCCACCAUCUCGACACGGACAAUGAGGGCAGAUACUUCAUAGACAGGGACGGCACACUCUUCAAACACGUGUUGGGCUUCCUGAGGGACGAGCAGGUCCUUCCACCGCCUUCUCUCGCCAUACACGUGUACAAGGAGGCCCAAUUCUACCAGAUACAGCGGUUAAUCGAGAGACUGGAGCGCUACGCAAACGUCUUCGCGCUCAAGCUUAACAACGCUAAGAAAUUCAAACUGGGAGAUUCGUUCGACGCGUGGAAAAACAACAUUAUCAGAACAGCUCAGGAGAGAAGCAUGGAGAGCCUUUCGUCGACAGGAAGGGUGAACUUCGUGUGUGCCGAGGAUAGAAAGAUGUUCAAAGCAGCUGAUGACUGCAUUGGACAACUAGAGCACUCUCUUGUGGUCACGAGUCCAGGCAAAGACAGGCAGACCUGCUGUCACGAGUCGUACGAACAGGUUCUAGGUAGAAUCGCUAAACCUGACCUGGAACUGGAACUCUCCCCUGGGGACACAGAACUCUUUGCCCGUCUGACGGAGCGCGAGCUGAGAACGGAGGGCUACACGUGCCGGGUGUGGAGGGAGGAGAUACGGUGCAAUAACGUGCGCAAGCUGUUCGGAAUCGGGCUAGAAGAGUGUGAACUAAAGCUAGUGGAAUAUUACGUGGAAUUUGAGUGGCCCGAGCCGGAAUCCGCUUGCGACAGACAGAUACCAUAGUAUGACAUCAUGAGCAUUAGUAUGACGUCAUAAGAAUCCAGUCAUAGAGAGAGAACGAGCUACAGCUAAUGGAAUAUUACUUGGAGUUCGAUUGGCCCCUGCCGGAGCACAUUUGCGACAGACACCAUAGUUUGACGUCACGACUGUCAUGUCGUAACGUAUAACAGAAUGCGGUAUACUGGUAGUAGUACUAGAAAUACUACUGUAUUUGACCUUAAACUGAAAUCUGCUAAGAACAGAUUAAUUCCAUUAAUUUACGUCACGCCGUGAUGUAAAAAGCAAAAGAAAUGAAUUGAAAAGCAAAUUGAAUGAAUCAGACAGAACUCUUUACCACAUGUGACAUUUUCAAGUCGAUUUUUUUACUGGGAUACCUGUGGUAACCCAGUUAUAAAUUGCAACUGUUUUUUUUUCCGUGGUCCCGGGAAAUCUGCAAUGUUUCACAAUACCCCAAGAGCCUCUGCGCCACAGUCAAUACUUCGCUUGUUUUAGUAUUGAUUGCGACCUUACUGAAGCCUUUUUCUUACACGAAGUAUCUAGCCUAUUGUCCUUCGUCAUCGCAACGCUUAGUUACCAAAAACUUUUGCAUAAUUUAAAACUGUGUCAUGGCCGCCAUCUUGAAUUUGAGAUUCCAGCUCUCAGAUCCAUGUUAUUUGUGCAGUUGAAGGCCCGAUUCGCGAUCUAAUAACUGUAUAUUUAACCAUAGCCUCAAUUUCUACCAAGUUAUUUUGGAAAAUCAUCUCAGCUUGGAUUGAUUUCGCUGUAUUUACUCGUGUUUACAUUUGCGACCCGAGGAGACACGCGGCUCAAGAUAAGAAUUAAGUUAAGUGCUGACUGCUUUAGACUCAUACAGCUUACUUCAAGACGUAAUUAAAUGUGCUCUGGACACUCAUGAAUGGACUCGAAGUAUUUACCUUGAUUGCUUAAUCUAUUUUGAAGUGGAAGAAGUUUGAAAAAAUUAAUGGAAAUCGUCUCCUACAAAUCGCUUUGUCGAUGAAUCUACUUUACAUUGUACACUUAACCGGCUACCCUAAGAUGAAUUUUAUGUUCUUACUAUAAAAUAUCUUGAUCUCUCUCAUUGAAUCUCAUCAUUUUAACCAUGUCGAUUUUAAUAAAGUACAGCAUAGGUGUUGUAA